AUGGGAUGUUCAGAAUCUACGCAUCAUAAGUCUUCUCUCUAAUUGAGCCAAGACUCUACAUUAGAUACAUGUAGAACAUCUCCAAUUAAACCUAAACCUAAACCAGAUCUCUUAGAUUUAUACAACUUUGAAGAUUUCGAUACAUCUGAAUUGAACAUUGAAUAAACAUGUUUUCAUUUCUAUGAUAUUCUUCUCCAAAAAGUUGUAACAGUCCCAAAAUUGUAGCCUAUCACUGCAUCCACCAUUCUUUAAAGAAGAAAUGAUAAAAUAUGA